GAUACAUGCAUCAUUUGAAGAAACUUUGUAGGACAGAUUAUUAUUCCGUUCUAGCAAUCAUUUUCAAAAUAAUCAUAAUGAUAGGAAAACUGUUGACAUUUAUAUUAAUCAUAUCAAUUAUUGAAGUAUGUCUUGCAGUUGAUGAACAAACAGAAGCGCCGUAUAUUUGCAAGUCCGCAAGAUGUUUGUACGGAGCUGUUGAUUUGAUAAGUUUGAAAACUGAACCGAACCCGUUGUACAGUGCUGAUGGUGAAGGAGAAAAUAUUACGUUGACCGUGAAGGAUGAAUUAACUUUUGUCACACAAGAAUACGUAAACUGGUGGAUUAGGACUAGUGAUGAUAGUGAGCCCCAGGGCGAUGCUGGUCUUUGGGGAACGAUCUGUGUGGAAUUUAAAGAUUUGGUGCGGUCAGCUAGAAGCAGGUAUGGGAUAUCGCAUCGAGUGACAGCCGACCUAUUUAGGGUGUAUGAGACAUGUCCUACUGAGCCGAUGACAUUCAAACCAGGACGUGGAUUUGAGGGAGGCUUUGAAUUGGAACGAAAGCGGCCGCCGGGCCCUGUAUUCCAGUACAUAUUAACCAUAGGAAACAGUGGAAAAUUUGAAGAGGCUUAUCUUACGGCAAUUUGGAAAGUCACUGUUAAGGAAGAACCGGAUUCAUCAACUGAACCGUCUAUAGAAACAAGUAGCAUGGAUUAUACAGACUCUGGAUCAGAAGGACUUUCAGACUCGAGUACCGAACCAGGAUCAGAAUUAGGAACUUCCGAGUGUCCGGGUGACCAGGACUUAUCUAAAUCCUGUCUAUCUGUUAAGAAAUGGGUAGACUGGGGCAGGCAGAUUAAUUGUUUUUCCGCGGAAUUGAACGGCCAGGUGAAUGUUGGAGGAAACGGUGAAAUUUCCGGAAAUAUUGACGCCGGAGUAAAAUUACAGGCCCAAAAUUCCAAGUGUAAGGGAAACCAGAAUUCCUGUACAGCUGUUUGGGACUGGUUGAACUGGGGUUUAAGGAAUCGUUGCUGUUUUUAAGGGAUAUAGAACUACCAAAUGAAUAUUUGAGGUAAUGGUAACGUUUCCGGGGGUGCUAGAGUUUUCAGAAGCGCUUGAGCCUACGGUAACGAACCUAACAAUAAGAUUGAUCUUUGCACUCUCGUGAUAGAAGGUCAGGGGGGUGUAACAUGCAAAAAUGUAACUGCUAUCAAUAAAGUAUAAUAUGCUUCAUCA